AUGGGCAACCAUGGGGACGUCUACGAGCGAUACUACAUGCCGAACUUCAUCGACCGUGACACUCUCGCUAUCUACCUCAGUACGCCGCAGCACGAUGAUCUUAUACGAGCAGUCGGCCAGCUUAAACGCCACGAGGAGGCGCCGGACAAACUGACCGAUGCCCAAGAAGACGAGAUCUGGGAUGAUCCAGAGAUGGUUAGUCUUCUCAAGGAGCGUAGGGAGUACGCUGCGACGAUCAAGGAGAACGGCUAUCCUACUAUCAAGGCAGCCAAAGGCACGGAGUACUACACACUACAUACUGAGGUACAAAGCGACAUCAACAGUCUUAAGACUAAGCUACGCCGCAAGCUACUUAAUAAAACCAUUAACAAGUUCCACGAAACCGUCCACUCGGCUAAGGUGGAGCGACAAAAGCGAGGCAUCCUGCCGUCAGCCGAGGUACUCAAUCCAGCUACUAUCAAGUACGAGCUUAAGGAGCGAGGGGCGGUUACACGACUACUCUUCCAACCU